AUGCCCAGCCAGGUUCAGAGGCCUUGGAAGAACAAGGCCGGACGCCCUUCGGGUUCGGGCACCACGAGCUGGGCUCGCCGAGAAAAGAGGGCCUGGAAAGCUUUGGAAAAGGCUGAGACUGAUUGGAAGAAGCUCCAAGAUGCAAAGGAGCGGGCCUUUGGAAAAAGGCAGCGGAAGUGGCAGGGCGAGGAGGAGAUCCAGGAAAGCUGGUGGUCGCCUGAGCCAAAAGAGAGUUGGGAGCCAACUCGUGAGGCUGAUGGGCCUUGUUCCUCCCGUGAGCGCUGGAGCUGGUGGCAAGUAGAAGGGGCCCCGGCGAGUACCGGCGACAGCACAAGCCUCGGAAGAUGCAAAGAGCCGGAGGAUGACGAAGAGGACGAGGAGGAGGAGGACUUCGCACUUCAUGAGUGGGAUCCUGAAGAGGUGGACGAUGAGGAGAAGCAGGAUGCGGAGAUUAAGCCCUUGGCUCCGUGGAGACCUUGGAAAAGGUCCUGGUCGUAG